AUGGUUUGGGAAUUCAGUACAACUAUUUCGAGAAGGAACGGACCAGCUAAACCUCCGACGAUCUCCAACUCAACUCCAGAACCGUCGAAAACCGUCGAAGAAACGAAACCACCGCAAAAGAAGACCGAAUCGAAAAUUCUACCCGCCUGUGACGUCUGUCAAAGACAAUUCAAGAAGAGAUACCUGCUGAAGAGACACAGACUGGCGCACGAGAAUCGCGAGAAGAAGGAACUGUCCCCGAAAGACUCUUCCUUCAUGGAAAUGGUCUCCCAGAAGCAAGAAGCUCUCUCUUGCAUGGCCUGCGACUUCCGCUGCAACAAAAGAUCCACCAUGAUCGCCCAUCUAGCCCAAACUCACGAAGGCUCCGGCAAGAGCACGUUCACCAGUAAAAGAAAAUUCGCCUGUAUCAUCUGUGGCCUGAUUUGCUCGAGAAAGGAAACCCUGAGGUCUCAUUUCGUACGCAAACACACGCAGCAUUACGAGUUCUCCUGCGAACACUGCGGUAAGGAGUUCAAGAUCAAAGGUGAUCUAACGACACACACGAGAUUGAAUCAUCGAGAACCGCCUGUGAUGUGUGACGUUUGUGGGAAAACUUGUAGAAACAGUCAUAGCCUGUACACUCAUCAGAAACACGCUCAUUACAAAGCGAAGUACGAGUGUCCCGUGUGUCAUAGAAGAUUGGUAACCAAAGAGAACCUAGAUCAGCACGUAUUGACGCAACACGAGAAGAAGGAGAAGUCUGUCUGCGAGGAGUGUGGAAAGACCUUCUUCGAGAAUCACGAUUUCAGGAAACACAUGAGGAUACACACAGGAGACAAACCUUACAGUUGUUCUGUUUGCGCGAGGGCGUUCACCACGCACAGCAGUUUGAGCCAACACUUGCUGUUGCAUACCGGAGAGAGGAUCUACGUUUGCGACGUGUGUGGGAAAUCGUUCGCUCAGAAGGCUGGGCUGAUCUGUCACAGAAAGAUACACUCUGGAACCCUCAACUCUCGCGGUAUAUUUAUCUACGAUAAGGAGUCGGUGGUGAUGAAGAAAUGGCAGAUCUUGGAGUUCGACGGGAAGCCUUACUACGCGUUCGUACCUGAAGGCGACACACCGAUGGCCGAGGAGGACAUACCGGAGCAGAUCGAGGAGCCGGGAAACGACGAAGAGAAGCACCAGGACCUCGUGAAAGUCGAGUGCCUCUACAACGAGGAGGAGCUUCAGUACGACUCGACGGACGAGAAGCUGUACGAAGAGGAGCAUUUUCUGAACGGAAGUUCCGAGCAGAGGGGCGAAGACGGAGACGUGAAACCGAUCAUCUUGAACGGCACGAUCGAGAGUGAAAACGACAAGUCCAUCGGAGAUCUGUAUCAAGUGAAAGUUGAAGGUAGCAUGGUGACCAUAGAGAAGCUAACGUCGAACGAGGCAGAAGGGAAAGAAGAAGAGCAAGAAGUGUACAAUGACCAAGAGCAAUUGGAACAAGUGGACCAGGAAGAUCAAGGAGAUCAAGAUCAGGUGGAACAGGUGGAAUACUUGGAAGAAGAGAUCUUGGAGUCUACGAAUAAUCAUCCAACCCCGACGAAGACUCGUAGAAAGGUCUCGAGAAACUCAGGCGGUGCUCUGAAGUGCAAAGUUUGCUCGGAGAUGUUCAGCUCGGCGAUCUCGUUCAGGAAACACGUAGCGUGGACGCACAAGAAGAAAGUCUGCAUACAGGAAGACGGCGCGUACAUCUGCGCUGUCUGCGACUACAGAACGUUGAAGAAGAGUCUGUUUGCGGCGCAUUUGGAAAGGAAACACGAGACUUGGUCGAGGAAACGACCGAACAACAUGCUCUUCCCUUGCGCCGCGUGCGGAUUCGUUUGCAGAUCGAAGCAUUCGUUGCAGUCGCACUUCAUCCGAAAGCACACCGAUCGGUACGAGCAUCAGUGCAAGUUCUGCCCGAAGAAGUUCAAGGUGAAAGGCGACCUGACCAACCACGUACGGUUUCAUCACAAAGAGAAACCGAUCAACUGCGACGUGUGCGGGAAACUGUGUCAGAACAGCGGCUCGUUGUACGUGCACCAAAAGUGGGCGCACUAUAAACCUAAAUACGAGUGCCACAUAUGCAAGAGGCGCAUGGUCACGCAGGAGAACCUUGACCAGCACUUGCUGACGCAGCACGAGAAGAGGGAGAAGAUCGUGUGCGCGGAAUGCGGGAAAACCUUCACGAAAAAGGACUCGUUCAAGAGGCACAUGGCGGUGCACACGGGUUGCAAGCCACAUUCCUGUCUGAUCUGCAACAAGCCGUUCGCCAGGAGGUCCCAGUUGCGUCAACACUUGCUCAUCCACACCGGAAAGAGGCCUUUCGUAUGCGACAUAUGCGGCAAAGCGUUCACGCAGAAGCCGGGAUUGAUCUGUCACAGGAAAACUCAUCCAGGGCCGCAUCCGCCGUUGCCCGUGAUGCCGAUCGCCGAUAUCGUGAAGGAGUUCACCGAGGGAUUCGUUCAGGAGAUGAACGCGCGCGAGAACGAGGACACGAUCGAGGAGGAAGUGGUAAACGAACCGAACGGAUACGAAAGUUGGAUCGACAAGGAGAACUUCGAGCUGGUGGCCGUGUGUCAAGAAGAGAACAACGUGGAGAAUCUCGAGGGAACCGAGGCGAGAUUGCCUCUUCCGGGCAGUCCCGAUCGGCAGCAGUCCAAGAAGAGAAGCGUAACGACCCGUUUAGAGUGCGACCAUUGUCGACGCAAGUUUCUCAAGAAGAGCAAUCUGGCCGAGCACUUGAAGAAGCAUCGUCACAAGUGUUCCGACUGUCCGAAAACCUUCAGACUUCGUCGAUACCUAGCCUCUCACGUGGACAAGAUUCACCGGCGUCAAGUCUACGAUUGCAGCGUCUGCGAGUACAAGAGCAACAACAAAGGCACUUUGAAAAAUCACUACAUCCGUCUUCAUACCUCCAACUACAACUUCGCCUGCGACACUUGCGGGAAACAGUUCAAAAUCAAGAAAGCCUUGAACCAUCACGUGAAACAGAACCACAGCGACGCGCCGCCUAUAGUGUGCGACGUUUGCGGUCAUUUCAGCAAAAAUCUGCACGCUCUGAAGGCGCAUAUGAAGUACAGACACUACAAGCCUGAGUUCAUCUGUCGAAUUUGCAGGAGAGGAAUGACCACGCAGGAGAAUUUAGAGCAACAUCUAACGUGGCACGAGACUAGGGAGAAGGUUUUGUGCCCGACCUGCGGGAAGAGGUUCCGAGGACGAGAUCUCGAUUCUCACAUGAGAGUGCACACCGGGGUCAAGCCUUUUCCUUGUCCCGUUUGCGGGAAAUCGUUCAGGAGGCAGACUGCUCAGGAACAGCACGUACUUAUUCACACGGGGAAGAGACCGUACGUUUGCGACAUUUGUGGACAGGCGUUCGCGCAGAAACCUGGACUGAUCUGUCACAGAAAGCGACAUCCUGGACCGCUGCCACCGUUGCCUGUCGUUUCCAUCAAGAACAUCGUCACUGACUCUCCGCUGUUGGAUCCGUUAAACGGCAGCGACACGGGCCCCCAGGAAGAGCCUUGCAGCAUCAAAAUAGAGAACUCAUACUCCCUAGUGAAGAAAGAACGAAAACCACUCGGAGAGAAGACCAGAAAACCACUAAAAAAAGACCACUCCACAGAAACUUCGCGAAUCUCAAAAACGAAGAAACCAAAGAAACAAACGGAUCAGCUGUUGGAAUGCGACUUCUGCGGCAAGCAGUUCAACCGGAAGUCGUUCCUGGCGUCGCACAUGAGACAGCACAGACAUCGUUGCAAAUCUUGCGAGCAAACUUUCCGACUGAGAAAAGACUUGAAGCAACACUCGGAACAAAUUCACGGUCCUGUACUGUAUCCUUGCACGAUCUGCGAGUACAAGAGCAACAACAGAUGGACGUUGAAAGACCAUUUCAUAAGGAAACACACGAGCAGUUUCGCUUAUUCCUGCACGAUUUGCGGGAAACAGUUCAAGAUCAAGAACGACCUGAUGCAGCACACGAAACAGAUGCACAGCAACGCGCCGCCAAUUAUCUGCACAGUUUGCGGCCACGCUUGCAAGAGCGUGCCUUCUCUGAAAGCUCACAUGAAGUACAGACACUACAAGCCUGCCUACAAGUGCAGUUUGUGCAAACGUUGCAUGACCACCGAGAACAACCUGGAACAGCACAUGCUUUGGCACAAGAGAAAAGAGAAGGUUGUGUGUCCGACUUGCGGCAAGACUUUCGGGCAAAAGAGGGAUCUGGACCUUCAUCUGAGGAUACACGAAGGCAUCAGACCGUUCUCUUGUCCGGUUUGCGGCAAGAAGUUCCCGAGGAGAACAGCUCAGGAACAGCACAUACUGAUACACACAGGCCAGAGACCUUAUACUUGUGAUAUCUGUGGGCAGACUUUUGCCCAGAAACCUGGGCUGAUUUGUCACAGAAAGAGACAUCCUGGACCUCUGCCGCCGCUUCCGGUGAUCUCCAUUAAGAAGCUCAUCCAUCUGCUUCAUCAGGGCGUCUGUUUCAGGUCACGAAGAGCAACUUCACGAGCGGUGCACGAGUGUGUUAAAUGCGGAGCCUGUUUCUGUCACACGAGAAAGCUCGUGGAACAUCUGAAGAACUUGCACGGCAUCGACAGAGCCUUCAGCUGCGACGAAUGCGGCAAAACCUUCAGAAGCCCUAUGAACAUAGCUCGUCACAAGCUGAUCCACACCGGUUCGAAGAGGUUCGCCUGCGAUCUCUGCGACUACAGAUCGAACCAGAAGUCCAAUCUCGAGACGCAUCGUCGGAGGCACACCAAGGAUUACUCCUUCAAGUGUGAACAAUGCUGCAAGGGUUUCUUCUCCAGAACGGAGUACUUGGAGCACGUGAACGUGCACACGAGGAAGCUGUUGUAUCGCUGCGAUCAUUGCAACAGAUCUUAUCCGUACAAGAAGAAUUUGACGAACCAUCUGAGAAGACAACACGCGAGUGUUCUUCCGAUUGAAUCGAAAACUAACGCGAAACAGAAGCACGUGUGCACGAUUUGCGUGGAAAGUUUCGCGCAGAAAUUGUUCCUGGAGAGACAUCUGAAGCGGCGACACGGGUUAUACGAGAACAGGAAGCACUUAUGCGAUCUGUGCGGUGCCGUGUUGUCUUCGAGGAGGAGAUUGAUGGUGCACAGACGGGGUCACGUUAAUGAAAAGACCGUGAAUUGCGAUUUAUGCGAUAAACAGUUCGCCAGCAGAGAAAAUCUGAGCGUUCAUCGACGUGUUCACACUGGCGUGAAACCGUACGGUUGCUCGCAGUGCGGCAGACGAUUCACACAAAGAACGUCUUUGAUAUUGCAUCUGAGAUAUCAUUCGGGAGAAAGACCUUAUCGGUGCGCCGAUUGCGGCAAAGGAUUCGUUUCCGGGAGUUUCUUGAAGAAGCAUCGCAAGAUACACGAGAAAACUACUCAGCUGGAAGAUGGUGGAGGAUGUGUUGGGUUUAAGUUGAGCGCAUUUACAAAAGCAUCGGAAGCUUGUACUUUUAAUCGUUUCCACUGGAGCAACGAUCACGAUGCGCUUUCCACCUGUGAAGAUUUCAGGCUCAAGAGUGAGGACGUCCUUCUCGAUUCUGGGCAAAAAUUCGAAGGAAACGAGAAGAUCUGCGAUCUUUGCCAAGAAAAGUUUCACUUCGUAACCAGGUUAGUGGCACACCUGAGGAUCGUCCACGGCAUCCAUAGACCUUUCAAGUGUGUCACCUGUGGAAAAACCUACCCGCAGCAGUUCAUGCUAAACGCUCACGUGAAGAAGUCCCACACGCCGAAAACCAUUCCCUGCACAAAGUGCAGCUUCAUGGGGGUGAACGCCACCGACGUGGAGAGACACACGAAACGGCACCACAGGGAAGUGAAGUUCACCUGCGAAAUCUGCAGCGAGAACUUCGUCGACAAGGAUUCUCUCAUGACUCACACCACCAUGCACAAUUUUAUGCAGUAUCAACAGUGCAACGCGUGCGGUAGUACCUUCAACGACGUGUACAGUUUAAAGGAGCACAACCGACUCUAUCACUACGAUCCAGCCGCGUUGGUCCAGGAGAAGCCGGAGGAAGCGGACGCGCAGAACAAUACCGAGCACAAAUGCGACGUUUGCGGUAAAGUGUACAAGUACAAGUCGGUGUUGAAGCAGCACAAGGUGAAGGCACACGGUGACACGCCUAACUACGAGAGACGUCGAUAUUUGUGCGCACUGUGCGGCAAAGAGCUGAAAACCGCGAAGGGCCUCGAGAUUCACAAUCGUUCUCACACAGGUGAGAAACCGUACACCUGCGAGGUGUGCGGCAAGUGUUUCGCUUGUGAAACACUGCUCAGGACUCACAACGUCACGCAUACAGGAGAGAGAAAGUACUCGUGCGAGCAAUGCGGCAAAGCUUUCACGCAGAGGUCCACGUUGGUGGUUCACAAGCGUUACCAUACCGGUGAACGACCGUACGUUUGUCCACGUUGCGGAAAGGGUUUCGUCACCAGGACCGUUCUGAACACUCACAUGAAGUCCUGCCGUUGA